CGUGGUGGGCAGAGCACGCCAGGGAAUUGAGAUGUGAGUGUGACCGUUGCAUCGUGCGAUGAGUGAGAGGGUGAAUUGUUUUUUUUAAGGUAAGAAGAGAAGGAUCGGUUGUUUGCUUUGAAGGGAAAAUCGGUUGUUUGCUAUGAGAGAAAUGUCAUAUACUUCGAUAUAUUGAGAAAAAUCUCACAAAGCCUAACAAGUCAUUUCUAGCAGCUCACUAGCAAGUCAUUCAGUUAAACAACUAUCUACCACAUUGUUUAAUCUGGGGUUUACCCGGUGCCAAGUGUACUAUAUUGCUAGAUUUAAUUUAACCGAUGUGUUGCUCCGUAUGUAUCUCGGCAUAAAUGGUUCAUCAGGAUUUAAUAUAGUGAUCUUACUUCUGUUGCUUCUUGGUGAAUAUAAAUUAUAUUGCGUUUUCAUGGAAGCAGGAACCCCGUAGUUGUGUAGCGGGUCGCGGAAGAGGCAGCCGGCGAGUGCGGGCUGGAUGGGAAGGUGAUGCCUGCGAUUGCAACCAUGCCGGCGGGCAGGGAAGGGUCUACGGUGGCCGUCAUGGUGUUUUCGAGGGAGAGCAAGGCAUCCACCAUCGCACAGCCGAAGAAGACGAAGCCUGCGUCGAGGUUGGCCACCGUGGCCGGCGUGAAAGCUGACGGACCUUAUGGCCGGUGACGGGUCCGCCACUGCCGCACUGUCUCUGAACUUGGUGGAGACGUGGAAGGAGAGCGGUGGCGCCGUGAAGACCUCGGCGUCUGCUGCCGCGACCACGACCAUGACCAUAGCGUCGAGCGGUUACUGCUACACUUACCAAGCCAGCGAUAUUGAGAAGCACAUUGAGAGAUUUUCCCAGAAAUCACAUGCCGUGAAGGGUUCCGAUGCGAAGUUGCAGAAAGGGACCGUAAACAUAACGCACGCCUUUUUUCUUGCUUUUCAGAAGACAAGGAACAUGACACAUUAUUUUUCUGGAUUUCCAGAAGACAAGGACCAGGACCACAGCAAACAUCCUGAGUUGGAAGACAAAAGUACUGAUGCAACCAUGGAAGGGGUGGAAGGUAAAGCCAUUUUGAGGGAUAUAUUAACAACAAAGAACUUAUUAACCUUUUUUUAUAAAACUUGAUGAUGAAUUGGUUACUAUAGUCCCGUCAAAAUAAUUACCAUAUGUGAAGAAUAUUUGAAAGAGCCGCUUUGGAAGUGAGCUUAUUUUGGAAGUAUCAUUAAGAAUUUGGUGGCAACAUACGUUUAAUAAAUUCUUUUUUGUGUGUGGCAAUGGUGUUUUCCUGCAUCACACUGUCUAAGCAUGUCUUUAUGUACUGAUUCUGGAUAUACCAUGAUGAAUAGUUUCUAAUUUCUUUCAAAAGUUGCUUUCAGGGAAAAUAUUUGACGAUGGUUUUUUCUCCCAACCUGGCAAGGUAUUUUACUACAUAUAUUAAUUACUGG